AGCUCCACUGUCAUGGCGCUGACAGGCUGAAGCUACCGCCGGGGUAGAUCAGGAAGAGAUCGCAGCGCAGCCGGGUUAACGUUCACCUCCUGACGUGUUGGUCUUCCUCGGGCGAGUGGGAUUUUUCCUCCGUCAUCUUCAGCCGGACCUCUGCUCAGACCCGUCCCCGCUUCAGUUUUGAGUUUUGUUACCUAUGGACGCACUUACCUGUCAACUGCCUGGACUCGGUGGCGAUAGCAACUUCGGGGGUUGUUAAACUCUGCUGGUCUCUUUUUCUGACCCAGUUGAGCAGGACGGCCGGGACACGGUCUCAUUCAAAGGCUUCGUGUAUCACCUGGAACACUGUUUUAACGGGAGCAGAGUGGUGUCAAGUUACGGGGAGAGAAGUCGUUGACUCCGGUGACAUUCGCAGCCUCGUUGGAUAAGAACAACACUUUUUUUUGCGUUUUGGAUUCACUUUCCUGGGCGCUUUGGUGAAUGAAUGGGGAGUGAGGCGUUUUUUCUGUCGGUGAAUCAGCUGAAGGGGAGAUAGUUUCCCCCUUUCCUCUCCUCGGCAGCUGCUGUGUCACCGUCUGAGGUGAACAGGUGCCUCACCUGUGAACGCCACCUGCCCCGACCUUCCUUCCGUAGCCAUGGCUAGCGAGGAGGGUGCCGCGGGAAAGGACCUGAAGUCGGGUUCCAUGGCGGUCAACCCUCCAGUGCCGAUCAGGGGCAUACGGAAGAAAUUCGGCGUGCUCGCUGGCCUGGUAGAAGUUGGAGAAGUUUCCAACCGAGACAUUGUGGAGACCGUCUUCAACCUGCUGGUUGGAGGUCAGUUCGACCUGGAGAUGAACUUCAUCAUCCUGGAACCCGAGAGCAUCCUCUGCAUGGUGGAGCUGCUGGACAAGUGUGAUCCAACUUGUCAGGCUGAAGUUUGGAGCAUCUUCACCGCUAUCCUAAAGAAAAGUGUCCGUAACCUUCAGGCUUGCACCGAAAUGGGCCUCAUUCAGCAAGUGCUCCAGCGCAUUACCACCACGGACAGCAUGAUCGCAGAUCUUCUGGUGGACAUGUUGGGUGUGCUGGCUAGCUACAGCAUCACAGUCAAAGAGCUCAAGCUCUUCUUCAGCAAAUUACAAGGGGAGAAGGGACAGUGGCCUUGUCAUGCCGUCAAGCUUUUAUCCGUGCUGAAGUACAUGGCUCACAGGAACGGGCCGGACUCCUUCUUCAGCUUUCCUGGCAAAAAUGCUGCGGCAAUAGCUCUCCCUCCAAUUGCGAAAUGGCCGUAUCAGAAUGGGUUCACGUUCCACACAUGGCUCCGCAUGGAUCCUCUCAACAACCUCAAUGUAGAUAAAGACAAGCCUUAUCUCUACUGUUUCCGCACCAGUAAAGGCCUGGGUUACUCUGCGCACUUUGUUGGAGGAUGUUUGAUAGUGACCUCAUUAAAAUCCAAAGGAAAAGGAUUCCAACACUGUGUGAAGUACGACUUCAAACCGCAGAAGUGGUACAUGGUGACUCUUGUUCACGUCUACAAUCGCUGGAAAAACAGUGAAAUUAGCUGCUUUGUGAACGGGGAGCUGGCUUCCUUUGGAGAUAUUGCCUGGCUGGUCAACACAAGUGAUACCUUUGACAAGUGUUUCCUGGGGUCAUCAGAGACAGCAGAUGCCAACCGCGUGUUCUGUGGCCAGAUGGGAGCCGUUUACGUUUUUGGAGAGGCUCUGAGCGCCGCACAGAUCCUGGCCAUCUAUCAGCUUGGCCCGGGAUACCAGGGCACCUUCAAGCACAGGGCUGAGAGUGACUUGCUGUUUGCUGAGCAUCACAAGACGUUGCUGUAUGACGGCAAGUUGUCGUCUAGUAUUGCCUUCACCUUCAACCCGCGUGCCACAGAUGCCCAACUCUGCCUGGAGUCCUCUCCCAAAGAAAACGCCUCCAUAUUUGUCCAUUCUCCUCAUGCACUCAUGUUGCAGGAUGUGAAAGCUGUGGUGACUCACUCCAUCCAGAGUGGCAUCCACUCCAUUGGAGGAGUGCAGGUUCUAUUCCCCCUGUUUGCACAGCUGGAUUACUCCCAGCCGGCCAGCAACGAGCUGGACACCUCUGUGUGCUGCACUCUGCUCUCCUUCGUGAUGGAGCUGUUGAAGAACUCUGUGGCCAUGCAGGAGCAGGUUCUGGCCUGCAAAGGCUUCCUGGUCGUUGGCUACACCUUGGAAAAGUCCUCCAAGGUGCAUGUGACGCGGCCGGUCCUGGACAUUGUGCUGGCCUUUUCAAGAUACCUGAGCAACUUACAGAACGGUAUCUUGCUGCUUAAGCAGCUAUGUGACCACAUUCUGUUCAACCCUGCCAUCUGGAUCCACUCGCCUGCCAAGGUGCAGCUGACAUUGUACACCUACCUUGCAACAGAGUUCAUUAGCACUGUGACCAUCUAUAAUGCUAUUCGCCGAGUGGGCACCGUCCUCCAGGUCAUGCACACGCUCAAAUUCUACUAUUGGGUUGUGAACCCUCAGGAUCGCAGUGGAGUGGCACCCAAAGGCCUCGACGGUCCGAGACCGAACCAGAAGGAAAUUCUCUCUUUGAGAGCAUUUUUGCUCCUGUUUGUCAAACAGCUCAUCAUGAAGGAUCACGGCGUGAAGGAGGACGAGGUGCAGAGCAUUCUCAGCUACCUCCUCACCCUGCAUGAGGAUGAGAAUCUCAUCGAUGUUCUUCAGCUGCUGGUGGCUCUGAUGUCUGAACAUCCUGGCUCUUUAGUCCAAGCGUUUGACCAGCGCAAUGGCAUCCGUGUGAUUUACAAGCUUUUGGCUUCAAAGAGUGAAGGGAUCAGAGUGCAAGCUCUGAAAGUGAUGGGCUACUUUCUCAAACACUUGUCACCAAAGAGGAAAUCAGAGGUCAUGAUGAGCAACGGGCUUUUCUCGCUGCUCACCGAACGUCUGAUGCUCCACUCCAGCCAGUUCAGCAUGACGACCUACAAUGUGCUUUUUGAGGUUCUUACGGAGCAGAUCUGCACUCAAGUGAUCCAUAAACAGCAUCCGGACCCCGACUCCACUGUGAAGAUUCUCAACCCACAGGUUCUGAAGGUGAUCGCUGCUCUGCUGAAGAACGCACCCCAGACCCCUGAGACCAUGGAGGUGCGCAAGGUUUUCCUGUCCGACAUGAUCAAGCUGUUUAAUAACAGCAGAGAGAACCGCAGGAGUCUGCUGCAGUGCUCCGUGUGGCAGGACUGGAUGCUUUCUCUGUGCUUCAUCAAUCCGCUCAACAGCGAGGAGCAGAAAAUUACCGAGAUGGUAUACGCCAUCUUCCGCAUCCUACUUUACCACGCCAUCAAAUAUGAGUGGGGCGGCUGGCGCGUCUGGGUCGACACACUGUCCAUCACCCACUCCAAGGUGACCUUUGAGCAGCAUAAGGUGAAUCUAUCUCGCAUGUUCAAUCGGUACCAGCAACAAGAGUCUUUGGGCUCCAUCCGAACCGUCUCUGGUGCCAGUCAAGAGUCUGAGACCAAUGGUGAUGGAGCCUCUGAAGAAGAAACGACGCCCUCUACUGUCAUUGAGCUCACUGUUGAUGAGUCACUUCCAUACUCAUCUGAAAGUUCAGUGGUAACUUCUGGUAAGGCAGAGGACGCUGAUGAAGGAGGACACGCGUCCAUCACUGUCGCCAACAUCCUGGCAGGCCCUGAAGAAGUUGAGGAACCUGCGCAGGAGGUCAUGGUUGGUUCAGGUGAAUGUAGCGGAUCAGAAGUAAACAAUGUAGAUGGGUCAAACGCAGAGGAAAUGGAGACAAAGCCUUCUCAAAACCAUGUCGAGAUCUCAUCACUUGGUGAUCCAGAUGCAGCUGACGGAACUGCUCCCUCUGGAACCGACAGUGAAUACCACAAAGAGGAAUCUUCACCUUCUAUGACCGAAGAUUCUUUGGAAGAAACAGACGCUGAGGUGGCACAAGCGAAGAGCAAGGGGGACCAAAUGGAACCAGAGAGCGAGGACUGCACUGAUAGUUUGGAGGCUGGCUCCUCUGUUGAUCCUGAGAUCCAGCCAGCUGGUGUGGAUGAGCUGCGAGAGGAAGCUGCAAUAGAGGAGGAGGAGGUGGUUAAAGAGAAUGAGAAACAGAAUCAUGAUGAAGCUGAGGAAAAGGGAACUGAACAAGAAGACUCUGAUUUAAACAAAGAAACUGAUAUGAAACCCAUAUCUGGUUCAGAAGCUGUCACAGAGCCUCCUGGAGCAAAGACUCAAAGUGAACCUCCUACUGAAGAGUCCACAGUGCCCUCUGCAGACCAACCAGAUGCCCAGAAUGGUUCAGAAACUUCAGACUUGACCUCACCUACAAGGCCUUCGGAGACCACUGUGGAUGAAACUACGUCUUCUGCCUCUGCCAGCCAGACCCCUGAGACCUUAGACAACAUAGAAAGCAAGACCAAAGAAAUCAAAAUCGCACGACUUGAUGUGUCCAACGUGGCCUUUGACACCGAAAGACUCGAACUCAAAGAAACCUCAACAACGGAGACCAGCCAAUCUCAGCCUGCAGCAACACCAGGAGAUUCUUCAGACCAGCAGAGACAGAGUGGAACGUCAGCCCCUCGUUCUACCAUGUUUCGUAUCCCAGAAUUCCGCUGGUCUCACAUGCACCAACGCCUUCUUACUGACCUGCUUUUCGCCAUUGAAACAGACGUGCAGAUGUGGAGAAGUCACUCCACUAAAACCAUCCUGGAUUUUGUGAACAGCAGCGAGAACGUGGUGUUUGUUCACAACAGCAUCCACCUUGUCUCCCAGAUGGUGGACAAUCUCAUCAUGGCUUGCGGGGGCAUAUUACCCCUGCUGUCGGCUGCUACCUCGUCCACUCAUGAACUUGAGAACAUCGAGCCGUCUCAAGGUCUGACGUUGGAGGCGUCGGUCACUUUCUUAAACCGGCUCAUCAGCCUUGUGGACGUCCUCGUCUUUGCCAGCUCACUAAACUUCACUGAGAUCGAAGCAGAGAAAAACAUGUCGUCCGGAGGAAUCCUCAGACAGUGCCUUCGCCUCGUUUGUGCUAUGGCGGUAAGAAAUUGUUUAGAAUGCCAGCAAGCUCAGCUUAAGUUCGGGAAAGAUGGAGCGACACACAGCAGCGCUGUGAUUCCCAGCAACGUCCUGGGAACGGCCAAAUCAGCGGCAGCACAGAGUCCAGUCGAUGCUGUGACAGGUGGAAGUUCUCCAGUGAGAGACCUGGAGCGGCUGCUUCAGGAUAUGGACAUCAACCGCCUCAGGGCUGUUGUCUUCAGAGACGUUGAGGACAGUAAACAGGCCCAGUUUUUGGCUCUUGCUGUGGUCUACUUCAUCUCCGUCCUCAUGGUGUCCAAGUACCGCGACAUUCUGGAGCCCCAAAAUGACAGGAAGCCACCUAAACGAUCAAACUCUGCACGGAGCACAGAUAGCAGGACCAGUGCUGGAGUCCUGGAAGCGGAGAAUGGCGUCUCCUUGCGCCAUUAUGACUCUGGCAUUGGCGACGACCACACCUCUACAGCAGCCAGCGACGCUGACCUGUCCACCUCUGGCGUCGCUCAUGGUCCUGAUGCUGUGUCAGAAGCCCUCUCCACACUGUCACCCGAAGUGCGACCAGCUGAUUCAAAGGGCAAGAACGUGAAGGACAUUUUGCGUAGCCUGGUCAGCACCCCGGCUGAUGACAUCACGGUGGAUCCAAAUCUGCUCCCCCCGACUUUCUUGGGGAACAUGAGUGACCAAGCCAGAGACUCGUCGCUGCAGUUCCGCUCUUUUGACAGAAGCGUCAUUGUUGCACCUAAAAAAGCUGGAAAGACGCCAUCAUCUGCCUCGUCCGUCUCCGUCCAGCCGACUCCUACUGUCACUGCACCAAGCACAGCACCCGUCGACAGUGUUGCCGUCGUUUCUUCAAGUGACACUUCCCAAAGCACUGCUGCGGAUGAUUCAGCAUCAGGCGGCCAGGUUCCAGGCAGCGUUAGCUUGCCAUCUGUCCCCCAACUCUCCCCUGUGACCCAGCACACAGCCCCCAAUAUGAGCAUCUCCGAGCGUCUCGAACAUGCUCUUGAGAAGGCAGCUCCUCUGUUGAGAGAGAUCUUUGUGGACUUUGCACCGUUCCUGUCUCGGACGCUGUUGGGGAGUCAUGGACAAGAGCUUCUCAUCGAGGGUACAAGUCUGGUGUGUAUGAAGUCCAGCAGCUCGGUGGUGGAGCUUGUCAUGCUGCUGUGUUCACAGGAAUGGCAGAACUCCAUCCAGAAGAACGCCGGUCUCGCCUUUAUCGAGCUGGUGAACGAGGGCCGACUCCUGAGUCACACCAUGAAGGACCACCUGGUCCGCGUCGCCAACGAAGCCGAAUUCAUCCUCAGCCGACAGAGAGCCGAAGACAUCCACAAACAUGCAGAGUUUGAGUCCAACUGUGCCCAGUACGCAGCCGAGAAGCGAGACGAGGAGAAAAUGUGCGAUCACCUCAUCCGUGCAGCCAAGUAUCGUGACCAUGUGACCGCCACUCAGCUGAUCCAAAAGAUAGUCAACAUUUUGACUGACAAACAUGGCGCUUGGGGAGGUUCAUCGCUAAGCCGACCAAGGGAGUUCUGGCGCCUGGACUACUGGGAGGACGAUUUAAGGCGGCGACGUCGCUUCAUCAGGAACCCGUUCGGAUCCUCUCACACGGAGGCCACGCUCAAAGCUGCGGCCGAGCACGUGGCCGAUAUCAAUGCGUCCGAGGACGACGUCCUCAAAGGCAAGCAGUCCAUCAAGGGUCCGGCGCUGGGGAAUCAAAACUCUGAAAGCGACGCGCCGCUGGACGGAGAUGACGACAAUCUGUCCUCCUUGGAAGAGAAGGACCUUGAGAACUUAACAGGCCCAGUCAGCCUGAGCACCAGCGCCCAGCUGGUGGCUCCGGCCCUGGUGGUCAAGGGGACUCUCUCCGUCACCGCCUCUGAGCUCUACUUCGACGUGGAUGAGGAAGAUCCUGGCUUCAAAGCCAUCGACCCAAAGAUUUUAGCCUACACUGAAGGUCUUCAUGGGAAAUGGCUGUUCACAGAGAUCAGAGCUGUUUUCUCCAGGCGCUACCUGCUGCAGAACACUGCUCUUGAAAUCUUCAUGGCCAACAGAACUGCAGUCAUGUUCAACUUCCCUGACGCCUCUGCAGUCAAGAAGGUCGUCCACAGUCUCCCACGUGUCGGGGUCGGAACCAACUUCGGACUUCCACAAACCAGACGGAUUUCCCUGGCAACACCAAAGCAGCUCUUCAAAGCCUCCACCAUGACCCAGCGCUGGCAACGCCGUGAGAUCUCCAACUUUGAGUACCUCAUCUUUCUCAACACCAUCUCUGGUCGGACCUUCAAUGACCUGAACCAGUACCCCGUUUUUCCAUGGGUCAUCACCAACUAUGACUCGGAAGAACUUGAUCUCACGCUGCCCAGCAACUUCAGAGACUUGUCCAAGCCCAUUGGUGCUCUGAACCCUAAGAGGGCAGCAUUCUUCUCAGACCGUUACGAGUCCUGGGAGGAUGAUCAGGUGCCAAAAUUCCAUUAUGGCACCCACUACUCCACCUCCAGCUUCACACUGAUGUGGCUCCUGCGCAUGGAGCCCUUUACGACGUUUUUCCUGAACUUCCAAGGAGGGAAGUUUGACCACGCUGACCGCACCUUCUCAUCCGUGUCCCGAGCCUGGAGGAACUGUCAGAGAGACACGUCAGACGUCAAGGAGCUGAUUCCAGAGUUCUAUUACCUCCCUGAGAUGUUCGUCAACACCAACAAUUACAACCUGGGGGUGAUGGAGGAUGGAACUGUGGUGUCGGAUGUGGAGCUCCCACCCUGGGCCAAGACCCCUGAGGAGUUUGUUCGCAUCAAUCGCCAGGCUCUGGAGAGCGAGUUUGUGUCCUGCCAGCUCCACCAGUGGGUCGAUCUGAUUUUUGGCUACAAGCAACAUGGACCGGAGGCGACCAGAGCCCUUAACGUUUUCUACUAUCUCACCUACGAGGGAGCGGUCAACCUCAGCUCCAUCUCUGACCCCAUGCUCCGGGAGGCUGUGGAAUCUCAGAUCAGGGGCUUUGGACAGACCCCCUGCCAGCUCCUCAUCGAGCCACACCCACCUCGAAGCUCUGCUAUGCAAGUGUAUCUUCUCCUGCAGACGCCGAUGAUGUUCACAGAGCAGAUGCAGCAGGACGUCAUCAUGGUGCUAAAGUUCCCGUCCAACUCCCCAGUGACACACGUGGCGGCCAACACCCAGUCGGGACUGACGUCGCCGGCCGUCAUCACCGUCACCGCCAACCGCCUCUUUGCUGUCAACAAGUGGCACGGACUCGUGGGUCAUCAGAGCUCAGCGGUGCAGGACCAGCCGUACCAACUUCCUGUGGAAAUUGACCCUCUGAUAGCCAACAACGUUGCAAACCAUCGGCGCCAGAUCUCCGACCUGCUGGACCAGAGCAUGCAGAUCAGCUCCCAGUGUUUCAUCAUCACGGCCGACAACCGCUUCAUCCUGCUGUGCGGCUUCUGGGACAAAAGCUUCCGGGUCUACUCCACCGAUACAGGCAAACUGACUCAGAUCGUCUUCGGCCACCGGGACGUGGUGACCUGUUUGGCCCGCUCCGAGUCCUACAUCGGCGGAGACUGCUACGUCCUGUCAGGGUCCAGAGACGCCACGCUGCUGCUCUGGUACUGGAAUGGGAAGCUCAACAGCAUCGGGGAGGGAUCAAGCACUGUGAUCACGACCCCUCGAGCCAUCCUGACGGGUCACGACUGCGAGGUGACGUGCGCCAGCGUGUGCGCCGAGCUGGGCCUGGUCAUCAGCGGCUGCAAAGAGGGGCCCUGUCUGAUCCACUCCAUGAACGGCGACCUGCUCCGGACCCUGGGGGGCCCGGCCGGCUGCCUGCGCCCCCGCCUCAUCCAGUCCUCCACCGAGGGCCACUGCAUGAUCUACUACGACAAGGGACACUUCUGUCUCUUCAGCAUCAACGGCAAACUGCUGGGCCACAUGGAGACGGACGACAGCACCAAGGCCAUGAUUCUGAGCCGAGACGGACAGUACCUGCUGACCGGAGGGGACGGAGGCGUGGUGUCCGUCUGGCAGGUCCACAACCUCAAGCAGCUCUUCACCUACCCGGGCUGCGACGCCGGCAUCCGCUCCAUGGCCAUGUCACAUGACCAAAGAUGCAUCAUCACUGGCAUGGCGUCCGGCAGCAUCGUCCUCUUCUACAACGACUUCAACCGGUGGCACCACGAGUACCAGACCCGGUACUGACCGGCACCUCCCACACCAGUCAACCGCUUCCUCCAUCAGAUGAUUGUAUCGUAACUGACACGAGAGAGUAUUUUCCUAAGAAACAAAAGAAUCAUGAAAAAGGGACGUUGAUAUAUUUUCUAGAGCUUUUCUUACCGUCUCUGGGGCGCGGGUUGUUAGAAUCUAUUUUUAGCUGAAAGAGUCUAUUUUUGUCUGCUCCGGGGAAGAAGAAGAAGUGACUUUCGGAAGUUAAAAAACAAGACAAAUCCAAAUAUGUGUGAGCUUUCCGGUGUGUGCGUGUGCGUCUGUGGGCUUUUGCUACAAUAAAUAUCUGAAAUAUUCUAGAUUGAAGGAUGAGUUUAAAUAUAUAAAUAUAUUCCAGGUUUUAACAUCAUUAUUUAACAUUCCUGUGCAUGGAUCACCUUUUUUUUUUAUUAUCAAAGUGAAAUAAUUCCUGUGUCAGCGUUUAGGAAACAUUUCUCUCCUCGAGCGACUGAAAGUUCAGGCGGGGUCGUCGGGAGGACGGCGACUUUGGUGCAGCAAAUUGAAGCGUUUUAUUGUUAUCUCCAAUUGUGGUUCUGAGUCUCACCCAGCGAGGGAAGACGUGAUCAGCCGGUUUGUUUUGUUUUCAGAUUAUUUUGGAGUGUUUUCUGUGAGUUCUGACAAUAAAGUGGAGUUUUAUGAUCCAUUGAUCUCAUUUGGAUUUUCAAACGGUUGUUUUCAUUCGAUCAAGAAGUAGUUUUUCGUGUGAAACUGAGGACGAGAGGAGAAAGGUGCGGCAGAAGAAGAGGAAGGGCCGUAGAUCCCAGGUGUCAAGUGUGACUCAGGAGAAUGCCUUAAAAAUGCUAGUUUGUCAUUUUCAUUUUUCAUAGUGUUUGUAUUUCAAGUCUUGAGAUUCAUAAUAAAUGACAGCCAGACACAUUGACCAAGAUUUGUCAUAACAGCAUGAGGAACCCAUGUUUGAAAGUUUUAUUGCAUCUUUUUACACAGGUGUGAAAGCAGCUAUUCUAACCCUAAAAAAAGUU